AUGGCAACUCUUCCAACUUCACAUCACCUCGAGUGGGCGACGCAAGGGUCAGAUCUCAUUGAGGACCCCGACGAACCGCCAGAAACUCAGCUUCCGCCUCUCCCCAACCUGUCGAUGCUUCGUCUCCACGGUGCCGGCGAGCAGAAGAGCGGCCUCUUUGGCAACUUCUUCGGCACUAGACGAGUAAUUGAAGAGCCUGUCAAGGAAGCUCCUCGAAAGCGAUGCAUCCAAUUUGCUUGUGCCGCUAAGCCUCAAGCUCAGCCACAAGCUGCUCCUGCAGCAGCCGCUCCUCCUGCUCUCAUGCUCAAGACGCCUGUGGCAAAAGAUGAUGCACCAAAGCGAACUUGCAUCAAAUUCGCAUGCACGGCCCGCCCAUCGUCUUCGCACAACACUUCUCCCAAGCCUUUUGAGCCCUCUACUCCUAAGAGGAGCAUGACACAUCCUGUCCCCAUCUCUCCUCGACCAGCCCCUGCUGAAGCAGAGUGCUGCAAGGCCUCCCUCGUUCGACCUCGAUUUAUUCGUGCUUCUUCCACGGAUCUCAUCAAGGAUGGCUCCCAGUUCCACGAGUUCGCCAGUGGCAUGGCUCGCGAGGAUGACUGGAUUCGCCAAGAGAACUCCACUCAGACCAAGCUUACUAUUUCCGACAUCCUGGUCAAGGAAAACUUGAUUCGCCGCCUGGGAGCUGAAGCUGAGGAGGAAGCCGAACAGGAAGAGGCGGAAGAGGAUGAGGCUGAGACAGCCAUGGAUGAGGAUGAUGAAGACGAGGACGAGGAUGACGAAGCCGAUGAACUUGAUGACCUAGACUUGGAUGAGGACGACGAGGAAGAUGAGGAUGAGGAUGAGGACGAAGAGGACGACGGCUCUGAUGGUUAUCACACCGACGAGGAGACUGGCUUCGCUGAUUCCGACGAGGAGGACGACGAUGACGAGAACAUGAUGAUGUGGACUCCUCGAGUUCCAUUCAUCCCACGCCAGGUCACUCCUCGCUUGGCUCGCCGACUCUCCAUCAACGACCAGCAGUCGGAUGACUCCAUCGGCUCCCGACGCAGCCGUCGCCGUGCUUCCAAGGCUCGACCCAUUGGACCUCAAACCGAGGCACCUGACUUGCCUGACAGCACUGACUUUGUGUGCGGCACUUUGGAUGAGGAUCGACCCGUCGAGGAUGCUUACCUGUCUUGCCUCGCUGCCCGCAGAAACGAGAAGCUUCGCAUCAUUCCUCAGGACAUUGACCCUAGCUUCCCGGCUUCGGACCUUGACGAGGAAGAUGAGGAGGAUAUCUAUGUGGAUGCUUCCGAGAGCGAUGGCCACGCGUGGGUGCAGGGGGUCAUGGAGGAUCUCGGCAGCGAGACCGACCGUGCCCGGAGAAUGCGCAAGAAUGGCAACACAUCUCCCCGUCGUCUCCGCUCUCCACCCCCUAAGCGACGCGGCUCUCCCGCUCCCAAGCCUCGUGCUCGAUCUCCCGCCCCCAAGCCUCGUGCGCGCUCCCCUGCUCCCAAGCCUCGCGCUCGCUCCCCCAAGCCUCUUUUUGACCGCCAGUCGCCUCGACGACUUCGCUCCCCGGCUCCCAAGGCUGUGGCCAUCGCAACCCCGAUCCAGACUCCCAGACAGGGUGCACACGCCAAUUUCCAGCUGGCCGGUCGCCCUGGUCUUACCCACACAAAGUCCCUGCCCAGACCUGCGGCUAUGUUCCGUCACCAGAAGCAGUCCAAGGGCUCAAAGACCUCAUCCGACACUGAUGCCCACAUUCGUAGCGCCAUCGAUAUUGUCAAGGGUCUUGAGAAGAAGCGUUUGCGCCGCAAGGAAAAAUUCUUCCAGAAGUACUGUGAUCGUGCUAGACGCGGACAGAUCCCUGAGCGCAAAACAAUGCUUCCUGGUCUUGGUGCCGAGCGCAUGCGAGAGCUCGGUCUGCUCAUGGCCGGUAAGAAGGGUCCAGACUACGUCCUCUCUUGCUGA